GCCGCCUUUAUUCUGCGCAUGCGUCAGUUCGUGCUGGACUCUGGAGUACUGAGCGUUGCGGCGCGGCGUCGUGGCUGCACUUGUGACGACAUGGCGACAAAGUAUCAUGUUGUUACGUUCGUAAAUUCUAAAAGUGAGAAUGAAACUAAGUAUGCCUUCGUGCCGGAAUCGUGGGUGAAAGUUCAUCGUCUGACGGAUAACACGGCUGUGAUCGUUUACCCCAGCGAGGACUCAUCGAUUGAAGAGCGAGUUAGGAAGAAUGAGAUACCAGCGGCGGACUGGAAGCGGCAUUUGUGCGAGAUUGUAUCUAGUACUAAUGAUGUCAACGAAGCAGUUCUUUCCACGUUGCGGUACACAAGCCUAGGAUCAGCCUCAGUAAAUAAAGGUGUCAAAGCGAAUAAACAUAAAUCAAACACUAUAGACUUGAAUAAGGAACUGUCGAGCAGUAAGAAGCCUCGUAUCACAUCUCAAGUUCAAAACAAUAGAACACCAAGCGAAGGACCCAUGGGAUCUUCUACACCUAUAGCUAAAAAUAAUACAACCAAUACUGAAAAAUGUACACGAAAAUACAAGUUUAAUAAAAUCACUUGCAUUUUCUAACCCUAAAAAUAAUAAGAACCCGCAAAAUGAAAUUAUAUCCAAUGAAAAAGAAGACACUACACCAUAUUUAGUAAAGUCUUCAUAUUCUGAUAACAAAAAACAUGAAAAUAAUAUACCAAAAUCAAUACUAAAGUCUCCCGAAAUAGUUUCUACGCCUCAAACUAAGGAAAGUACACUAAAUCAAGAUAAUACAUUUAGUGGAGUAAAGCGUAAAGUCCAAUUUGAAAUGGAUAAAAAUACGCAACAAUCACAAGAACCCACUCAAUUUUUUAUGCCUCAAGUUAAUGAUGGAGUUAUCGAUAAUCGACACAAUUUAACUAAAGACGAC